UACAACUUCAGAUUCACUCAGUCCAGAAAUUCAAUUCAAAGCAAAAGGAUGGCAUUGAACGACGAGGAGGUUGACAAGCAAAUCAAGCACAUGGUUGCGUUCAUCAACCAGGAGGCCAACGAGAAGGCCACCGAGAUGAACUUCAAGGCCGAGGAAGAGUUCAACAUUGAGAAGGGGCGCCUCGUCCAGCAGGAGAAGAUCAAGAUCAGCGCCAUGUACGAGCGCAAGGAGAAGCAGGUCGACAUUCAAAAGAAAAUCUCGUACUCGAACGAGCUCAACCAGUCGCGUCUCCGCAUUCUGUCCGAGCGCGACAAGCACAUCCAGAGCAUCUUCAACGAGACCCAGCAGCAGCUCGCUGGCAUCUCAUCAAACCCCGACAAGUACCGCAAGCUGCUCGAGGGCUUGCUCGGCCAGGCCUUCCACCAGUUGCUUGAGGAGAACGUCACCGUCCGUGCUCGCAAGGUUGACAUUGCCCUCGUCGAGGCUGCCAUCCCCGCGGCCGUCAAGGAGUACGCUGUUUCCACCAAGAAGACCGUGAACGUCACUGUCGACAAGCAGAACUUUUUGGCUGCCGACAUUGCUGGAGGCGUUGAGGUCUCUGCUCGUGGUGGCAAGAUUAGCGUCGUCAACACCCUUGAGAACCGCCUCAAGCUCGUUUACAAGCAGAUGCUCCCAGAAAUCCGCUCGUCCAUGUUCGGCGAGUCCACCACCCGCAAGUUCUUUGAUUAAGAGUUUCUUUUUGUUGCUUUUCUCCCUCUUGGGUUCUGUCUUAAUUUUGUGUGGUCCUUUUUCUCUCUCUCUCUCUCUCUCGCUCUCUCUUUCUUCCUCUUGAUUGUUGAUUUUGUUCGUUACUGUGUGCAUUUCCUUGUAUCGUCAUGAAGGUUUUUUUUUUCUGUCUUUGUUCUUGAGUUGAUUCUCAAACCGGUCGUGCGUUUACAAUCAUUCAUCGGCAAAUCCCCAUUUCCCCCAUU